AGCAGCAGCAGCAGCAGCAGCAGAAACAAACUGAUGCUUUGAAUAAUAAUGUCAAUGGUAUGGCUGAAACUUAUUUAUCAGAGCACGAAAGUGUUCAGAGAAGAGCAAAUAGUAGACAGAAACCAGUUUUCCAGAUAGAGCCAUCUGAUUAUGAGAAUAUCCAAGCGAUGUGGUCUUACGACAAUAUUGACCGGAGCAAGACUAUCACUAACCAUAAUGCAUAUGAAUCACAUACAUCUAUAUCACAGCAAGUUGAACGACAUUUAUUAGAUAUGGACCCAACCUUUGAUGACGUUGAAGAAAUUAAUUUUGAGGAUGACGACGAGGACUUUUUUAAUAACAGCGUAGGAGAAGACAACCUACCACCAUUCCGGCGGGAUAGUAUGGAUGAUAUCAUUAAGCGUAUUCGGCGUGAGUCCCAAGCCAACGCAACUGCAUCCACAUCCGCAGCCAUGAAGAGUAUGGAAUCGGAUAGAAACCAAUAUCAGAAAUACCAACGGCGGUCGAGGAUUUUUCUCCACGACGAUGAUGAAACCGAUGGAAGUACAGUCCAUGGGCAAACAGACAGUUUGGACCAGAAUAAUCAAUCAAAUGCUGCUGAAAAUGACAAUAACAACAAUGAAGAAAUGGAACUCCAGCCUCCUGCAGCAGCAAUAGCAGCUCCAAACGGACCAGACGAUGCAAUUGGUAUAUUGGAGGCAGUUGGCAUGAGAGGACGAUUUUACAUAUUAUUCCAAAAUUCAGGUCUAAUGCUCCUGCUUAUGAGUGUAUGCUUAGGCGUUGGCGUUUGGCUUCCUUAUAUUCUUGGUGUUUUGUUUAUCACAAUACGUCCUUGGACUGUACUUCAUUUACUUUUUAGUCAAUUGUAUUCGUUUGCAUAUACAUUUUCGAGCUAUCUAUAUCAUUAUUGGAUGAAAGUUUUCUCACAAGUGCAACCUAUAGAACAACAACUACCAGAUUGGUCACCGGUGAUUGUCCGUGCAAUUGUCAUAACUUCCACUCAAAUAGGAAAUAAUUUGUUUAGAUUCUUCACAAUCAACAAAGCUGACGAUUACAAAGCAUACUUGCUAAAUAGCACUAUUUCAUCUACAGCACCAGAAAUUUUGUUAAUGGAUCCCGCCUCUGUACAUACACAUAGACCUUCGUUAUGGGACGAUGUAAUUACCGUCUGGAAUUUCAUUAGUCCGUUACUCCUAUCUUUCUCUAAAGAUUACGUGCGGAUGCCAGCAGGCGAUACUGUCUUCGAUCGAGUAGGUUGUAUCUCCACAGGCUAUCUUAUACUGUGCAUCUUUGGAUCGCUUUAUCUGUCCCAGACACGGAGCGCUUAUGCGCGAAUAAGCCGUACGGCACGCACUGUGAUUGAACAGUUGGGUAUUUUCCUCAAGGUGUCUUUUUUCAUGUUAAUUGAAAUUACAAUUUUCCCCUUGUGCUGUGGUGUGCUGCUUGACUGCGUAUCGCUGUCUCUUUUCUAUACUAUUGAUGACCGAGCAGGGGCUGCUGGACAUCUGUUGGCUAUUCAUCGAAGAAUGACGUUUUUGAAAGAGAACUUGACUAGUUCCAUGUUUAUACACUGGGUAGUAGGCACUGGAUUUAUGUUUAUUUUUACGAAUAUGGUGACGUUUUGUAGAGAAGUAGUACGGCCGGGCAUCCUUUGGUUCAUUCGUGACCCUAAUGAUCCUCAAUUCAAUCCAAUCAAGGAGUUAGUAGAAAGACCGGUCUGGGCGCAGUUAAAGAAGAUAGGUGCUAGCGCUGUCUUAUAUGGUUUCAUCAUUGAAGUUGGCGUAGGCGGUUUAGUAGCCGCCAUAGGUGCCAUAUUUGAGGAUAUUUUACCUUUAAAAUGGAGCUAUACACAACCAUUGCUCAUUAUUCCAUUUGAUCUACUUAUCGUUAUGAUAGUGAUUCCAUCUAUGAUUGGCUAUUUUGAUCCUAAAAAGCUCAUCGAAAGCAUUAUGAUUCAAUGGACAACUUGGUUAUGCCGUCGACUUCGAUUAACCUCUUUCAUGUUGGGUGAUCGACCUACAGAAGAAGAAGGACAUAUUCAUUACAAGACAUGGCGUGCCUGGCUUAUACAACGACCAAAAUUGAAGUUUAUUGACACGAUUGGUGCGUUCGAGGAAACAGACGAUGCUGUCUUUGUCAACACUGGCCAACUCGUCCGCGCCCCGAAGCAUGAUGGUGUUCGUUUUGUGCCCGGCCGUCGAAUGCUCGUUCCAGUGGACCCUGUUUCAUUCGAAGCACUGGACCCUUUGGAAAGAGAGUUAGGUCAUCCUGCAGCCAAAAACAAGGAAGAGGAAGAAGCCAACACAACCAUCAUCUAUCUGCCUCCUUAUUUUAAAUUCAGAAUUACUGUUUUCAUAGCAGUAAUGUGGGUGUCUUGGAGUGCCCUAUUAUGCUAUUUUUUCGUGGGCCCAAUUGCAAUAGGAAGAUGGCUUUUUGUUUAUAUCGGUAUUGUAGCUGAAUCAGAUCGAAAAAUACAUGAUAUUUAUGCGUACUUCUUUGGCGUGAAUGCAAUCAUCCUCAUUGGAUACUCAGUCAAGAAAGUCAAGCAAUUUGUAUUGUCAGAUGAUCUAGGCGGAUCAGAAACUAUAUAUAGGUGUAUUCAAUGGUUAUUCAACUUCGCCGUUAUAUCGUUGUUACUGGGAGUUAUUCUUCCCAGUUUAUUGGGCAUCGUCUUUCAACUGUAUAUAAUUAUACCAUUGCAGAACUGGGGUGAUCAAAUACCCACAUUAAAUGUAUUCUUUGUUUGGAUGAAUGGAAUUGCUUGUCUCGCAUUAUUACAUGGUCUACUAUCAAUAGCACCGGCAAACGGCUUAAGUACAGCUUUAAAUAGAUUUCAGGGGAACGGUGUCUCGCAUCUCGAAUUGAAAAAAGAAUUCAAAGAACUGUUCGCACCAAUCAUACUUGUCUGUUUAGCAGCCAUAUUUUUACCGUACUCAAUAGUGAUUGCUAGAAACAAAUGCUCAGAACAUGACAUAGAAAGUCAGGUUAGAUAUGUACAGACCAUCUACCCUUUGACGCUUAUGUUAUUUGUCAGUUUCUAUAUUGGUUAUGGAUUCUUUAAGCUCGGUAAAAGUUGGAGUCAAACCGUCAGGGAGGAUCAUUAUUUGGUAGGAAGAAUACUUCACGAUUUUGAACAGCCGCAAAUUUGAUAGCUGCAAAGAAUAGAGUGGCCAGCUUCUGGGAUAUGCUUGUCGAUCAUUUGAUUACGUUUUCACGACGGUUAUUCAGUCGUGCUUAAUUUAUGUAUAUAGUAUAUAUAGAGUCAAUAUUGUACUAAACUAAUUUGCUUAUUAAAUUUUUUGGAAUAAAAUGAUUGCUGGGAAAUUGGUUGGGCUUUUUUGUUCACCUACUACUGCAAUAUUCAAAACGGUC